GACAACAAUGUCCAUGCAAUUGUUUUGUAAGCCAUGUUACCUUAAUUUGAGUUUGGGUUUUCCUUCGUUUCACCUAUAAAUACAACAUCAUUUUCUCAACAUAAAACAUCAGGUUGACAUCCAGCAACAAAGUGUUUAUUCAAAACUCGUCUCAGUUUUAGCACCAAAGGCAUGGAAGGUCAUCAUGCUGAGGGAGAUCACAACAAGGCAGUGGAAACAAAAGAUCGUGGUAUGUUCGAUUUCAUGAAGAAGAAAGAUGAGGAUGUGACCAUGGCAGAUGCCCACAAGCCGGACAAUACAAAGGAGGAAGAGAAGCCAACUCUCAAGGAAAGACUCCACCGUUCUAAUAGCAACUCUAGCUCAUCCAUUGAUGAAGGAGAGGAAGGAGAAGAUGGUGAGAAGAAAAGGGCGAAGAAAGGGUUGAAGGAAAAGAUCAAAGAAAAGAUAUCUGGCGACAAAGAAGCAACAGAGCAUAAGAACACAUCAAUCCCAACUGAGAAUCCAGAGGAGAAGAAAGGCAUUUUAGAUAAGAUAAAAGAAAAACUCCCUCGUCAGCACAAGAAGGCCGAAGAUGGUGCCAAUGAUGGGCAUCCUGCUGAAGGUGAGCCAAAGGAGAAGGGAAUCUUGGAGAAAAUCAAGGAGAAGAUACCCGGAUACCAUGGACACAAGACUGAAGAGGAUAAGGCUAAGGAAAAGUGAAGUUAAACUUGAUAACAAUAUGUUUCAUGAAUGCAUGUUGUCUUUGUGUUUGCAUUGUCUUUAUGAGCUCCCUCCAAUUGUCUCUUGUGCUUUGGGAGUCUUUAUUUGGUAUUUCUGUUGUUGUAUCAGUCAUUUGACAUCUCCUUCCUGGAAUUCUUGGGAAAUUAGCGCUUGAUCUCUUCACGAAUGUUAGGUGCAGACAGAGGCACUGCUAUAACAAUUUGACAAGGCUUCUAAUACAAAAUUGCGUUCAUGUUUUCAUUUUUGAAUCUUUUCCUUCCCAUUGGCACCUUUAAUCUUCACCUAUAAGUCUUGCUCAUGCUUGAGCACUUGG